AUGCCUAGGAACAAGCCUCAGAGGAAUAAGCUGCCCAGGAACAAGUCACACAAGUACAAGCGGCCUAAGAACAAACUGCACAGGAACAAGCCACACAGGAACAAGCUAUCCAGGGACAAGUCACCCACGAACGAGCCGCCCAGUAAUAAGCAGCUCAGAAAAAAGCCACUCAGAUACAAGUCACCCAGGAACGAAUUGCCCAAGAACAAGCCACACAGGAACAAGCUGCUGAGGAACAAGCCAUCCGGGAACAAGCCUAUCAGAAACAAGCCACACAGGAAUAAGUCACUCUGGAACAAGUCGCACAGGAACAAACCGCACAGGAACAAGCCACCAAGGAACAAGCCGCUCUGGAACAAGCCACCCAGAAACAAUCCACCCAGGAACAAGCUGCUCAGGAAUAAGAACCAACUAAACUGA